AUUUAGAUUCUCAAGUGGAUUACUGUCACAGUCCUUUGGUUAAAAUUAAAGCUUUUGAGUGGACCUAUUGUCUUUUUCAUUUCCUCAACAAGCAGGAACAACUGUAUAAGAUAUUUCUGCAUCUUCUAUGGCAAUUGAGAUCCCAAACCGCUACUUAUUAACAGUAAAUGAAGCAAAUUUUGUGUCAAUAAAGCUAUCAAAAUCAAAUUAUAGUCUAUGGAAAGCACAGAUAGUUUGUCUGCUUGAAAGUCAAGAAUUACUUGGUUUUGUCGAUGGAACAAUCACAUCAACCCUAGAAACUGAUGGGUUAGAUUACUUGCAGUGGAAAAAGAGUGACCGUUUUGUUAAAGGAUUGAUUCUUGGCUCUCUUACUGAACAAGUUCUUCGAGAUGUGCUGGAUAAAGCUACUGCAAGAGAUGUUUGGUUGGAGUUGGACCAUAUUUGCAAUCCUAAAUUUGAAGAAGAUAGUGAUGAAGAAGAUUACAACCGGUACUUGCCACUAUACAGAGCUUCACUGGAUGGAACAUGGGAGAAAGCAGAAGCAUUCUUCAAUCGAGAGAACAACGCAAGCAGAGCUCCGCUCAACUCCUUCUUACAGACAGCACUACACGUCGCGGUUGGCGCAAAGAAUGAUAAUGCCAAGCAUUUCGUCGAGAAGUUGGUGGCCUCGAUGGAGGACGAUCCGUUGGAUAUGACAGAUUGUCUUGGGAGCACUCCUCUUCACUAUGCUGCUAGAUUUGGAAACUUACAUGCAGCUAAACUCCUUGUUGCCCGAAAUAAGGAUUUGCCUAAUAUUGGUUGCGAUGGUCUUUAUCCAAUCCAUGAUGCAGCUGAAUAUGGAUACAAUUCUAUGGAUGUGUAUACUUAUCUUUUGGGUGUCACUACAGUCCUUGAUUCUUAUACAGGCUCCAGUGGUAUUAGGCUUCUCCGUCGAUUAAUCCAUUCUGAUAUGUAUGAUUUCGCUACAGAGUUGGUCACAAAGCAUCCUGAUUUGGCAAAAAAUGACACAGAUGAAAGAUCGUCUGCUUUGAAGGAGCUUGCCAUGAAGGAAUUUGCAUUCCGUAGUGGAAGUCGUUUAAACUGUUGGCAACGAAGUGGGAGUGGUUUAAACUGUUGGCAACGAUUGUUCUUCUUGUGUCAACUUGAAGAGGUCACACACAAAAGAAUACCAAAUGACAUCGAGAAUGUAACCAAUGAACGACAAAUGUUAAAGCCAAAAAGCUGCUGGCUUUCACCAAUUUGUGAAAGGAUUUACUUCAUUACUGGUGAGUCUUAUCAAAGGAUUUACUUCAUUACUGCGAUCAAGAAGUUGGGUGCCCUUCUGUUUGAUGUUCUUAUAAAAAUAGCGCCUCCUUUGAAACACAACAAAAAACAUUACAAUGCACUUAAGCUUGCAGAAUGCCUAUGUGAGAAAAUAGAGAGUUUGAGUCACGAAGAAGUUGUUUCAAUUGUUAGCCGUCCUCUUCUUGAAGCAGCACGCUAUGGAAGCUAUGAGCUUGUUGAAAUUAUUGUGAGAAAAUUUCCUUCAUUAGUUCACUUUACCGACAGAAGUGGCAAGAAUAUAUUUCACAUUGCAAUAGAGCAUCGCUGCGAAAACGUGUUUAACUUGGUUUAUCAGAUGAGUCAGCAUAGGCAUCAGUUGAUGAUUUCAAUAGACUCGUCCCGCAAUACCAUGCUGCAUUUGGCUGGAAAACUGGCGCCACUAAAUAAACUAAACCUCGUUUCUGGACCAGCUCUUCAUAUGCAACGAGAAUUACAGUGGUUUAAGGCAGUAAAGAAGCUUGUACCGCCUUCUUACUGGGAAUUUGGCAAUAAUGAGGAUAAAAUUCCUGCCGAAGUAUUUACUAAGGAACAUGCUGAGUUGAAGAUAAACGGAGAGGAAUGGAUGAAAGCUACAGCAAAUUCGUGCACAAUUGCAGCAGCACUCGUUGCUACCAUCGCAUUUGCAGCAGCAAUUACAGUUCCAGGUGGAAACGACAAUGAAAGUGGACUCCCCAUUUUCUCCAGAAACAGUGCUUUCAGCAUUUUCGCCGUCUCAAAUGCAGCAUCACUAUUCGCUUCUAGUACCUCUAUGUUAGUGUUUUUGUCCGUUCUGACAUCCCGUUAUGCAGAAGAAGAUUUCCUCUAUGCUUUGCCUAGAAGUCUAAUUCUGGGUUUGUUCACACUAUUUCUCUCCAUAACACUCAUGACGCUUAGCUUCAGUGCAACAGUGUAUCUUGUGUCCGGACAGAGGAAAUCAUAUGUUCUUGUACCUGUGGCUACACUUGCUUGUUUACCUAUCAUCUCCUUUGUGCUUAUGCAGUUUCCUCUCCUUGCUGCUUUGAUUUCUUCGACUUAUGGGCGUGGCAUCUUUGGCAAGAAGAGUAAUCGCCCAUUUUAUUGAGGAAAUUGCAUGUGGAGAAUCGCAGACGAAGGGCGUAAUUGCAGAUGUCCGCAUAUGUUUGUGGUUGAUCUUAAAUUGUCAAAUUCAUGUAUAAAAACAUUUGAAGGGGAGUCUUGGGAGCGCAUGGGUUAGACGCGUCAAGGUAGGCUGCUUACAUCACACCCCCUUAGCGUGUUGUCCUUCCCGUGACCUUAUGUGAAUACAGGAUCCUCUGUGCACCGGCUUGCCUUUUUUUUAUUGUAUAAAACAUUUGAUUGUGUUAAGUACUCUUUUCAGUGUAUGUCCUUUAUGAGAUAAACCUAUUAUUUUGUUUGCUCUCUUGGUGAAAUCUAUGCCUACGGUUGGUUUU